AUGUCCACUUGUCAACUCAGAAUGGCUCAAGCUUUUCAUGUCACCUCUUCUAUUCCGGGCAGUAGUCCCAUAAAACCAAGUAAUUGUGGCUCCGACCUGGCUGUGCGCCUCAAUGCCGCGACUCUUAUUGAGUCUGCGCCAGAUGAGGCACCACGCACAGCAAGGUCGGAGCCAAAGAAGGUGAUUGUGGUGGGAGCUGGAAUCUCAGGUCUUCGUGCUGCUGCUGUACUGAAACGUCAUGGCUGUGAAGUCGUGGUGUUGGAAGGUCGCGAUCGCAUCGGAGGAAGAAUCCUGACCAGCCGAAAUGGUGAUCAUGUACGAGAUAUUGGUGCUGCUUGGAUGCACGAAACUUCUCAGAACGAACUGGUGAAACUCAUCCCGAGAUUAGCCAUCCCUUAUUACUACGAUGACGGUGCCGCCCUCUAUUAUACUCGUGAAGGUCGUGCCGGAUCCCAAUUUAAAGCCAAGAAAGUGGCCGACGAAUUCGCCGAUUACGCCGAGUGGUACUUCGAAACCAAUCCUGAUGCCGAAGAUCGUCCUGUCGGGGAAUUUAUUAAGAAAUUCGUCCUUGAGCACCAACUCAUUACCGAGGAUGAGCGCAACUGGGCUCCCCAGGCCAUGCGAGAGGUAGAACUCUGGCUUGGAAUUAGCACCGAGGAGGCCUCUUCCAAACAUCUGUCCUACUUCAUUACGGAGCGCAACCUGUACAUGAAGGGCGGAUACGAUCGGAUCGUGGAUUGGACUGCGGAACCCCUGCGCGACGAUCCCAAAAUUAUUCGUCUGAAUCAUCUUGUCGAAGACGUGGAGUGGAACGAAGAUGGCGUCGAACCCAUGUGCGUCCGGUACAAGAAUGCGGAAACUGGCAUCACCGGAUCUAUUCAGGGAGACGCUGUGGUGAUGACUUGCCCACUUGGGGUAUACCACCACAAACUCAUUAAUUUCAAUCCGCCCUUGCCAAGCGAUAUCCAAGAGGGUAUGACCAACUGGAGCUAUGGCGCACUGGGCAAAGUCUUUUUCGAAUUCACCGACGUCUUCUGGUCCAAGGACAACGAUCAAUUCAUCUUCUAUCCUUCCCCUUCAGAGGAAGAUAUGGAUCCCAUGUCUGGAUCCGGGUCAUCAGUCGGAUCAACCAGCAGUAUGGCCUCUGUCAAGGAAAAAGACAACAUUCUCAACUACCCCACUGUCACCAUUAAUCUGUGGAUUAUGACCGGUGGCAAGGAGCUCUGUGUGCAGGUCGCCGAGCCCUUGACCCAACGCAUUGAAGCAAUGAAAGACCCCAAGCAGAUCUACCAGUUCUUCGAGCCUCUUUUCAAGCUCCUCAGAACUGAACCCUACAAGGCCCUGCCACGCCUGAUCAGUGUUGAAACUACACACUGGACCCAGGACCCGUUGGCAGGAUACGGAUCUUACUCUGCCGAUAAGGUCGGCGAUGAGCCGGAUCUAUUUUUCGAUGCUCUGAACAACCACAAGGGCAGUCCCUUGCAGUUUGCGGGUGAGCAUUGCACGUUGGUUGCCAAUGGUUGUGUGCAUGGUGCGUUUAAGACGGGUGAAACCGCUGCGUCCAACCUGCUGAACCGAUUUGGUAUUCCAUAUGAUGGGCAUGAUGCUGUGGGCUCAAAGUAA